CAAGCGAGGUUCUUUACUUCCAACAACCCUGCGCUUCCACGAGGGAGAAAAGGGCACAGAGAAGCCAAGCUACCCCUCCGAGGUCACACAGCCGGGGAAGGUGGUUGGACCUGGAGGCUGGGAAAGGCGGGCUGAAGGGGAGUGGCAAGGCGGCCCCGGCUCCCUGCGCUCGGCCAUGGCCCCCCCGCCUCCGUGCAGGCUCCCGAGGUCGCUGCCGCCGUGGCUGCUGCUGCUGCUGUUGAGUGUGGCGCUGCUGGGCUCCCAGGCCCGAGCCGAGCCCGCCGCUGGGAGCGCCGUCCCCGCGCAGAGCCGCCCGUGCGUGGACUGCCACGCGUUCGAGUUCAUGCAGCGCGCUCUGCAGGAUCUUCGGAAGACGGCCUACAGCCUGGACUCGAGGACGGAGACCCUCCUGCUGCAGGCCGAGCGCCGGGCCCUGUGUGCCUGCUGGCCUGCCGGGCGCUGAGGAUCCUCAGACACCACUGUCCCCUCAUCAAUAAAUGCCCAGCCCAGCA